GCAAAUAUUUCAAAAUGCUUUGCAAAAAUUCUGCAAAAAAUUGAAAAUGAUUCAGAAGCAUCUUCUGCUCAAGACAUUGCAAUUCGAAUAGAAACUAAAUCAAAAUCAACUCGGUACUAUUUUGAAGAUGUAGUCAACAAUUUUCUAUCCAAAAACAAUGGUUUUUCGAUAGUUUUGAAUAGCAAUGAAAUUUACUCGAAUAAAAUGCAGUUUCAAUUGUAUUUCAUAGAUUCAUUUGAAUCAUUCAAGUAAGUUGAAGAAAUUAGUAGAAGAAUUGUUAUUUUUUAAAAUGUUCCAUUUGUUCACAGAAUUUUAAUGGACCAGGAAUCAAUGGGAGAAAGACACCAAUUCUAUUUGAUAACUUUGCUGACUAAAAAUCCAGAUUUGAUAAUGGAACACAUUUUUCAAUAUUGUCUUAUUCGAAUGAUAACAAACAUUAAUGUUCUAAUUGAUGUCAAGGACGUCAUAAAAAUUUACACUUUCUUUCCAUUCAAUGAGAAGAAAUGUCGAGAUUCAAGUCCAAAGAUUUAUAAUAUUUUCAAAAAUGGAGAAUUUUUAUGGAGUAAAUCAAUAUUUCCAUCAAAAUUUAAAAAUCUUUGGCAAUGUCCUUUGAACAUGAUUCUUUGGAUUCUACCUCCUAAUAUAAAAUUGGAUUAUACUGAUAUUACAAAACCAAAAGUUUUCGGAAUUGAUGGUGACACUUUAAACAUUUUUGCCAAAGCUAUGAAUUUUUCAUUUUCAUUCACUGACCGGUUGGUUAUUACAUCCAAAUUUUCUGAUAGUUUCAAAAUUGUGAGUAAAAGACCUUAUCGAUGCAUAAACAGAUUAUUCCAAUAUUUUUUUCGAAUCUAUUGGUUUGUUUGCUUGCAGUUACAACAACACAAAGCUGAUUUAUUAAUUGGAAGUUCAUUUUGCUCCAAAGAAAGAUUUAAACUUUAUUCAUAUUCCUAUCCAUAUAUUCCUUUACCUGAGUUUAUAAUCAUAAAAAUACCCACAAUCUUCACUUACUUGGGUACUCUUCUCUAUCCAUUUGAUCGGUUAACUUGGUCAAUUCUCAUUGGAUUGUUUAUUGGACAAAAAAUUAUCAAAAUUAUCUACAAAAAUAUCAAACAAAAAUUUUACGGGCAUAAAUUUACAAAACGGCCCUUCAUUAUCCUUUGGCUUAUGGCUUUCAUCGUUAUUCGAAGUUCAUAUGAGGGUUUGAUUUUUAAAAGCCUGAAAGAAAAUCGCGUUUAUAAUUUACCACAAAAUAUUGAAGAAGUUGUAAAUGAUGGUUAUAAUUUUUUUACAAAUUUAGGACUAUCACCUUUUAUUAUUCAAAUUCCAGGAUUACAAAAUAACACAAUCUAUGUGGAUGCUGAAAAAUUGGAAAUGAUUGAAGAAUUUGUGAAAAGCAAAGAAAAUAAGUACGCAUUGAUUUUGGGUGAUAUUUUUGCAGAGUUAUUUAAGAAUGUUACAGUCAACUACGAUAAUUAUUUUAUGUUCAAACGACCAAUAUUUGUCUUUCAUACUUCGAUAUAUUUUCCAAAAACGUCAGCAUUACAAGCAGAAUUUCAAAAUCGAUUAAUGCAGUUAUUUAAUCAUGGACAUCUUGAGGAAAUUUCAAAAGGUUAUUCUUUGAAAGAGCUGUUCAAAAAUUCGAGUGGAAAACAUAAGAUUAAUGCAAUGUCCUUAAAGCAGUUUAGAGGUGUUUUUGAUUGGUUUGCUAUAUUCUACGGUUUGGGUAUUUGUUUAUUUGUGCUAGAAUUGUUAUCGAAAAAAUAAUUAAAAUUAAAAAUAAUCAUGG